AUGAAUAUGAUGUCACCAAUUAUUAACGUGUCGGGUGACCGCAGAAGCAUUUCAAUAUCAGUUGACAGUAACAAUCUUAGUUUUGUUAACGAUUUGAAUCCUGGGAAAGAUAUGUGGAACAUGAAAGCGAGAAUUAUUCGAAAAUGGAAUCAGGGUUACAAGAUGGAUCUUAUCUUCAUUAAUGAAAAGGGUGCUAAGAUUCAAGCAGGUAUUAAGAGUUAUCUGAUACCUGUUUUUGAUGGACAGCUUCAAGAAGAUGUUGUUGUGAUUCUGUCGAAAUUUGGUGUUGGUGAGAAUAAAGAUUUAUAUAAAGUAGUAGUGCAGCCUUAUAAAAUUAACUUUUAUAGAUGUACAACUGUUACUCAUGCGAGAGAUUGGCAAGGUGUUGAGUAUGGUUUCAACUUCAGAGCUUAUGAAGAUAUUCUUCAAGGAGAGGCGUUAAACGCUUUGAGUGUUGGUAGUAUGUUGCUGGAUUUGUGGUUUGUUGUGGAGAUCUUGAAAUCUUUGAUUGACCUCCAAAGGAUACUAAGAAGAUCAAUUUCGAUAUUGAAGACUUGGAGUAAGUUGUUGUUUACAUGUGCAGUCAUGGGUAAGGUUUUGCGGUGUAUUGUGUGGAAUGAUUAUGCUCUGCAGAUUAAGAACUUCAUUUCUAAAAUCCCACCUCAUGAGCAUGUGAUGGCUGUUAUACAGCACGGAAAGUGUAAGGAAUGGAAAUGUGAAUAUACUGUUCAAAGUGAUAAGUUUGCAACACGGAUUUUUCUGAAUGAAGAAAUUGAUGAAGUUAAUGAGCUAAGGAGGAGUCUUAUACUAAAGUUUGGACAAGGGAGUGGUUCUACUUCUCAAACAAUACUAUCGUCUCAGAGUGUUUUUCCAUUGCAUAAAGAAUUUGUAACUGAUGGUGUGAAGAAACAUGUUGAUGAGAUUAGUGAGAUAGAAAAGGAAAUGUCUUGUGUUGUGGUUGCGACAAUUAAGAUUGUGCAAAAGAGUAUGGUUGGUUUUAUGUUUCCUGUUAAUGUUGAAAAUGUUUCAGAUGAUAUUGUUCGAUUGCCUGCAACUUCUUUGGUUUGUCCCAAAUGUCAUAGUGAAUGUACAUCGAUCACCACAAAGUUCAAGGUGCAAGUCCGGGUGCAGGAUGAGAGUGGUAGUGUUUCUUUUGUUAUAGUUCAAUCUCGUGUUUAUACUGUGCAAAAAACAUGUGAUGAUCCAGUAAUAACUGUUGAGUUGGUUGGUGGAGAUGGUAAUGGUGAUGAAAAUACUGAUGAGGUUACUCAAGAGGAUGCUGUCUCUGUUACGGCCAACUCUUCAGCCGUUGAAGUUGAAAAGGAUUCUGGAUCAAGUCCCAAUGGAAAGCGGAUGGCUCAAGAUGCUGAUGUUGUCAACGUUGGUGAGCUAUCCACUAAUGUGAGAAGAACCCGGAAGAAGCUGACUAAGGUUAACAAUUAG